UUUUGCCCUCCUCACUGCUUACUCUGUCUUUCUUCCUCAGACACCAAUUAAAAAACCCUAUUUUCUUCUCUGAUCGUGAAGAGAAGACAAAUGCUGGAAGCUGCUGAUAACUCAAACGUCCUCAACAGAGGAUUCUCUCAGCUUCAGAAUUGCUUCGGUGAUUGCAGUAGCGAAGAAGAACUAACCGUCCUGCCACGUCAUACCAAAGUGGUCGUCACCGGAAACAACCGUACCAAAUCUGUCCUCGUCGGUCUUCAAGGCGUCGUUCAGAAAGCCGUCGGGCUCGGUGGUUGGCAUUGGCUGGUUUUGACAAAUGGAAUCGAAGUGAAGUUGCAGAGGAAUGCGCUUAGUGUCAUUGAAGCUCCUACAGGGAACGAAGAAGACGAUGAUGUCGAAGUUGGGCAUACACAAUGGAAUCCCUCUGAUAUGACAUGUGAAGACACUUUGAAGCCUCACAAGUCGAAGCAAAGAGGAUACAGAUCAGCGCGGUUAUCACAUAAGGCAAUGUGCAGGGCCUUAUCUUCUGACUCACACUCAAAAAGCUCGACUAUUACUCCUCCUGUGAACAUGAAGGUUGAUCUUAGCAAACUGGAUAUGCCUGCAUUACAGAGAUACAUACGACAUUUUAACCUCGUGGAUACACUUCCUAACCCGUCAAAGGAGCAACUACUUGACAUUGUUCAGGGACACUUCAUGUCUCAGGAGAUGGAUGAGCUUCAGGUUAUAAUGGGAUUCGUUCAAGCUGCAAAAGGAAUGAAGAAAGCUUGCAGGUGGAAUUUAAGAGAACACCAGAAACACUGAUCUUAACUGCAACAGCUAAAGCCCUUGAAUGGACUAACGGACGGUCACAUAUUUUUAAACCGUGGCUUCAAAGGUUGAUUAGUAGUUAAGCCUCUGUCUCUUUUGGGUUAACAGUAGAUGUUGUUAUUUGCUCAUGUAAGUACAUCAAGAAGCAAUGACCCUAAAAACAAAGAAGCCUUUAUAAUCUCUAAUUAAGCAUCCAUCUUUAUAUACGUAUUGCAAAGA